AAAUAAGAAUUUAUAAUAAAGAUAUUUUUAUAGAAAAUCUAAACCAAUUUAAGUCGCCCGUUCGCCAGCGACAACACGAAACAAUUUAAUUUAAAGAUUUUGUUGUAAUUACUGAUCCGGAUUUUUCACAUAUCUUAUAAAUUUUCCACCACAAUCAAUUGAUUUUAAUGCGUUUGCAGCAUAGCAAUCGCCGGUGCUCCACUUUGUGAGGCAUACCAGAGCCCGUUCACUAUUUUUCUUUUUUUCAGGGGGCCCCAGAGACCAGCCGUGAAAUGCAGUCCGGGAGUGGGUCUGUCCCACAGCGAUUUCGAAAUCAUUCCCACCUCAUAACAACCAUCAGGUAAAACCAACUGCCUGCCUCUGCAGCACUCCGUCUCCACUCCACUCCACUCCACUCCACUGCAAUCCCAAUCCGCAUGCAACGCGCUCGGCUUUCACAGCCCAAUUCACUUGCCACAAAAACCGCAAGGUGCGUUGUUAUAGUUGCUCAAAAGCAUUCAAAGCGAAAAAUGCGAGCACAAAAAAAAAAAACAAAGGAAAAGCAAUUACGCAAGCAGCAUGGAUUGCAACGCGAUCUAUUUCGCUAUCUCUCUCUACAAAAAAAGUUGGAUGAUCAAUAAUAUUCAAGUCAGUGAAGAUGAAAUUUAAAAUCUAGAAAAAAUUAAAGGCAUUUAAGGCUUUUACUAUUUUAUAUCUCCUUUGUCUUAACCAUCAAAUUCACAAAACUCAGUUUUCACUUUAAAAAUUCCCAUGUUUAAAUUCCGUUUGGUUAAUAACUUUUUAAAAUUCCUAUAAUAAUACUAUCCCUAUACUUUAAUUUAAUAAAAAGAAAACCUACAUGUCCGGUCGAAUAUGUGUGAUAUGUGGCCAGGAGCCGCCGUUGAAGGAUGCAAAGGGCAACGAGGCGUGUGCGUAUCCCAAGACAGAGGAGGAGGCCAGGAUCUGGCAGGCCAGCAUGGCAGCCACAAACUGCUGCCUGGAGAGCAUCCAAAAUCAAUGUUGCGUUUGCGUUGAACACAUUCCUGAUUUUGUGAAGAGAGCCAAGAAAAUCGGUCGAAAACUGCGAAAUCUUGAACGGGAUAAGCAACGGCAACGGGAGGAAAAAACGGAGGCAGAUGCCCCAAGAGGUUGCCAAUGUCCCGAUGAGGGAGAACCUGGUCCGGAUCGUCCUUCGGUUAAUGUGCUUCUUCUCAAUGGAGCUUCACUGCCCACGUAUUGCGGAAAGGGGCAGUCCUGCGUGAAUUUAAAGCAACUUCCAUCGGCUGAUGGAGAUUCUGAGUUGAAGAUAACCAAACGAUUGGAGUCCAACGACUCCGACACGGAGAUCUUUGUGCAGGAGUCGGAAUUCAAGGACACAGGAGGCACGUUUCCGGAUAUCGAUGGUACUGAGGUCACCGUUCUUCGUACUCCCACACAGGAGGAGGAGCAACUGAAGGAGAUUCAGAAGGAUAUGCAGGACGCGGAACAGGAGCAGGAUCCGAGUGUUAGGAGAUGCCGCAACAGCUGCCUGCCCGGCUGCACGGAUGUCCUGCUCCUGGGCCGCGGACACCAUCCCACAGAUGAGUGUCCCUGCAAGUGUGAGCAGUGCACGAAACCCUCUGGUUCCCCAACAGAUGAACCCUGCUGUCAGCCGGAAUGCUGCCCGGAUAACCAUCAGGAAUACUUCACCCAACCGCCAUGCGGCUGCGAGUGUGAGCAGCAGGUUCGCCGUGAACUCACUAAGGUCAUCAAGACGCAGCGCAAGAAGAUUCAAGAGCUGGAGGGGAUGCUCUGUCGGCAGAAUAAUCUUCGAAAUUGCUUGCAACGAAAGUUGGAUGAUCUGUACUGCGAAUUCGGACGUUUGGAUGAGGAUCAAGAAAAGCGAUCGAAAUUACCAUGCUCGGGAGGUCCCGAUUGUCAGUCAGUGUUCCAACCACCACCGCCUCCACCACCACCUCCGGAGCCUGUAGUCGCACCCCAAGCACGAGCCCAACGCCACCGACGAAUAACUCUAAUGCGGGCCAAUCGCGACAUUGAAAGGGAUUCACCAAAGGAGGAGAAGAAGCCAUAUGUUCAGGAGCCUGGGGAACGGGUUCACUGGUUUUCAUCUAAAAAUGAAGAAUCCGAAGAACUUACCCAUCGACCUUUGUGGGUCACUACGGCGGUCGACGACGGCCCAGAGAGCAAAUCUUCGAUUCGUUUUAGGGGGAACACCUACUUAACUCAACAGAAGUCCAGCCAAUCCGCCAUUACCCGCAAUCAGUCUCCAGUGACCUCUAGGCCGGAAUCCAUCACCAAUUCCACCUACUCCAUAGCCAACAGGAACCGUGCUUAAUGUUCCCAUCUGCCCCAUUUACACCUCCCCCUCUUAUAUUUUUUUUGGCAUCCCCCUUGUCCUGUGCAAUCAUGCAAAUACAAAUAUAUAUUUUUUCCUUUUUUUCCGGCUCUGUGCAAA